GAGCAAGCGCAGUGACGUCUAACGUGUGCGCCCGCAGCAGCUGCAGUUCAGUCGAAGCCCCAGGUUCAUCAUCGGCUCUCUGGGGCACCAUGGCCGAUAAAGCACAGCUACAGGAGGCGAUUAAAACACAAGGAGAGGUCGUCAGGAAACUGAAAUCAGAGAAAGCGAGCAAAGAACAGAUUGAUGAAGAAGUGGCCAAACUGCUGCAGCUCAAAGCUCAGCUGGGAGGAGAUGAGGGAAAACAUGUGUUUGUUCUCAAAACAGCCAAGGGGACCAGGGACUAUAACCCCAAGCAGAUGGCUAUCAGAGAAAAGGUUUUCAACAUCAUCAUUAGCUGCUUUAAACGCCACGGUGCUGAAACCAUCGAUACCCCUGUCUUUGAGCUGAAGGAAACAUUGACAGGGAAGUACGGCGAAGACUCCAAGCUCAUCUACGAUCUGAAGGACCAGGGAGGAGAACUUCUGUCUCUGAGAUAUGACCUCACUGUCCCAUUUGCUCGCUAUCUCGCAAUGAAUAAAAUCACCAACAUUAAGCGCUACCACAUUGCUAAAGUGUACCGCAGAGACAACCCAGCCAUGACCCGAGGCCGUUACAGGGAGUUCUACCAGUGUGAUUUCGAUAUUGCAGGUCAGUACGAUGCCAUGAUCCCUGAUGCCGAGUGUCUGAAAAUUGUCUACGAGAUCCUGAACGAAUUAGAUCUUGGAGAUUUUCGUAUUAAGGUUGGUUGCUGGGUGGUGUUUGAUUUGAGUCUGGCUCGAGGACUGGACUACUACACUGGUGUGAUUUAUGAAGCGAUUCUCUCCCAGACCAUCCCAGCACUGGUGUCCACACCUGCAGAGCAGAACGGGGCAGAUGAAGCUGGUGUAAGCGUUGGCAGUGUGGCCGGCGGAGGGCGAUACGAUGGUCUGGUGGGCAUGUUUGACCCCAAGGGCAGGAAAGUGCCCUGUGUGGGUGUCAGCAUUGGGAUUGAGAGAAUCUUUUCCAUCAUGGAGCAGAAGGCCGAGGCAUCUUCAGAGAAGGUGCGCACCACUGAAACUCAAGUGCUGGUGGCUUCAGCGCAGAAGAACCUUCUAGAAGAGCGACUCAAACUGACCAAUGCGCUUUGGAAUGAGGGAAUCAAGGCUGAAGUUUUAUAUAAGAAAAACCCAAAGCUGUUGAGCCAACUGCAGCACUGUGAGGAAACUGGGAUUCCACUGGUGGCCAUUUUAGGAGAACAAGAACUCAAAGACGGAGUUGUCAAACUGCGCAACGUAGUAAGCCGAGAAGAGGUUGAUGUGCCCAGAGCGGAUCUGGUGGAUGAGAUCAAGAAACGGACCUUGUAGUC